AUGUUAAUCCAUCGCAUUGAACGUGUACAGGCUGUUCGCCAUCAUUAUUACAUCAACCAACGCUUGCGACGACUGAUCGACGAGAUCAAGCGUCAAAGAUCUUCGCAUGGGACUCGUGGUAUCAAAAUUCACCAUGACAAUGGUAGGCCACAUGCGCAUAAAAAUGUAUCCGAUUAUCUUGAAUCUGAAGAGCUUGCAAUCAUAUCACAUCCACAUUAUUCUCCAAAUUUAUCACCUUGUGAUUUUUGGUUAUUCGACAUGAUCAAAGAUAAUCUCACCAAUCAAGAAGAUUCAGAAUCAUUACAUAAUGCAGUGACCGAUUUCAUGAACUCUUCAAAUCGAAACGAGUACAAAAAGACAUUCGAGAAAUCGAUCGAAAUGAUGCAGCUGUGUGUAGAUAAUCAUGCUGAUUACUUUGAACAUUUAGUGAAAUAA